GGGGGGGGGGGGGGGUACUCGAUCAUCUACUGCAGUGCGUCUGCAUAGAGUUCUGUGUUGAUGCAAUUAUAAUUUCCAAAUAAUUUGCAGAUAUAACUUAUAUGGAACAUCACAGUGUCAACAGAAGUCAGAAACUGGAAUACUGUAUCUCAUUCUGCAUGAAGCUCAAGAAUUCUACACCUGAAAUAAAACAUGAACCCAACGCUAAUUCCUGUUGAUGUAGCAGAACCAAAAGACCUGAAAGUAUAGAUGGUUAAUGGAUGAUGUUCCUUAUGAAAGUACUAGAGACCGUUCGCACUGGGCCGGUCCUAACAGUCAGUCUUCGUUUGUGGUGAACAUCCGGGUACGCUGCUGGGCCGCGCUUGCGCUUCCACCUCCGUGCUUCAAUCAGUCGAACAUAUACAUGCAAGCCAAGUCAUCUAACAUUGACAACACGUUUGUGGAGCUGCAUCAUGGUCUAUCAAAGUACCCGGAUUUAGUGAAGGUGCGUGCAAGGCUGAUUGACAGUUUGGACAAGAACUGGUACACGGACGCACAGGCUGACUAUUGUCAUACAGGUACGUCGCUAUGGCAUCGCAUAGUGCCAAAAAACGAUCCAACUGGCGGGUUCGGUUAUAGCAAUGCCUCAAUCAGGAUAUGGACUUCUAGAGCAAGUAUACUCUACAAGCGAGAAGAUGGGUGGGGUUCUCGUAACGUUCUAGGGUACGCAUAUGAGGGCGACGUUGAGGUCAUUGCUUGGUGUGACGUAGCUUCUCCACGGGUCUUUAGUGGUACUACAAACAUAGGCCCAAAUGCCGUCAACGAGACAUUGGAACUCACAUUGCCGGGAGAGAGAGUGCUAGUGGAAGAUGUUCUCGUGCACGCAAUGAUGAAAGUACAAGAUGGCAAUAAUGAAGGCUUCAUGUUUGAAACGAUUGGUAGCGCCAUGACUAACACCAUGUUCCAUGGAACCCCGUGCAUGUACGGUGGGGUCAUCGUCGCCUUCGACGGGAGUGUCGUGCGAAUUUGGCGCCCUGAUAAUGUAAAUGGAUCUGCUGUGUGUAUUCCGGACACCAUGGGGGACGGGAGGUACAGCCAGGCGGCUUUCGGUGGGAAGUUGACUGUUGUUGUGUACGUGAUUGGAAUUGCAGACGAAAACGUUUAUGUACCAUCGAUAUAUAUGUGCAACCACUUUCAAAGAAACUCGACCAACACCGGAUACAACUCUUCUGCAAUUGCGACAACUAAUGCUACUUCAUUGCUAGCAUGUAACACCGACUGUCGCACGCACUACGCAUGCGCACUGUACACAUUCAACAUGGCUCUCGGAUGCAGAAUGUACAACGAUACUGACUGGAAUCUGGUGUAUGCAGAACCCAAUACAGAGCUGUGGACACUUCAGCGGAGACAAUAUUGCUAACACAUGUAUUUUUAAACUUUUUUUUAAAGAUCCAACCCAUUUUUAGCAGAACAUACGGGUUUAUAGAAUGUACGUACCCUAUGCUACAUCGCGAUCGAAAGAACAUACCAUUUUUGUGCCAACUAGCGCAAGUAGUACAAUUCUGUUAUAAUGAAAAAUCCUUAUUUAAAUACAGAAGUUUGUGAUCUAGUGGUUUAAUUGGCUGCGUAAAGUGUUAUUCUUUUGGCAGUUAUUCAAAAUAAAGUACUGUUUAUGUAUUGACAAUACCAACACACAAGUUAAUGAAAUAUCAAGCACGAAUAGUUCGUCCAAAUGAAUACAAUGUUCUACAAAACAAUGUAUACGCUAAUACAGCUCUCUUUUCGUUUUUUAUGUUUGGGGGGAACAUAUAGUCGCCGCUUCGUCUGUCCGUCCGUGUGUCCGUCCGUGCACAAUUUUUGUCCGGGCUAUUUCUUAGAAACUAAUGACCGGAAUUCAAUGAAACUUUAUGGGAAGCUUCACUACCAUGAUGAGAUGUGCAUAUUAUCAGCAAGUUCUGGUCGGAUGAUUUUUCACAGAGUUAUGGCCCUUUGAAAUUUUCUAUAAAAAAAUUAUUGUCCCCCCAACUACUGUGCCCUCAAGACGUUUCCUUUUAUCUGAAUAUAUAGUGCAAUAUUGUGACAAAAACACUUUGGGGAGCAUCACCCGUCUCCGACGGUUUCUUGUUUACAUUAGUGAAUUCGUAAGUGUUUUAGCAGAUACUAAGCUUCAGCAGUUAAAGUAAGUAGUGAUUUUACAUUGCGAACUAAGUUCGCAAAUGAUAAAUAGAGAAUUACCUCGACGUCCCCAAUUUUAACGACAUAAUGAAACAAAAAUCACUAAACAUUGCAGUUUGGGCCGGAAAGAAUAUGACUUUUGUCGUUUGACGUGUUAAUAAUGACGUCAUGAGCACGCGAGCUAAAUAUUUGUAAAAAAAUGUUUUGUUUGCUGUUUGUGUAGCAUACUGUGUUUAAAAUAUAUUACAUCUUGGUAUCAAAUUGUUUGUUUUGUGGGAUCUGAUUCGAUUUUACUAAAAAUGAUUACUUUUUAGUUGAUUCUGAGUUAUAUGACCAUCCUCCAUAUAUGACUGAUAUAAGAACUUCUGGUUGACCAUGAUAUAAAAAAAAUAUAUCAGGCAACGUUAUAUCAGGCAUAUAUCAAUGCGGUGGUACGAUAAAGUAGUGUACAUGCUUCUACCACACAUAAUAUAAGCAAUAUUUUAGUGUAGUUUAAGACAUUGUUAUGAAAUUAUAGGUAGUACUUAUGUGGCAUAAAUCACAAUAACAUAUACCUAUUUUUGUUUGUCUAUGCAUAUUUGCAUCUGAAUAUGAAAAAACAACAACUAUUUGCUUACUACAAUUUAUUCAUACUUUAAAUAUGUAUACAUCCUGGAAAAUGUCUUUAUUUUGAAAAUAUACUUAGUAUUGCUUUUUAUGCCUUUUAUUCAUCUGAAUACGCAGAUAUUAUUUGCUUAUAACAAUAUAUACAUUCUUUACAUAUGUAUUUAUAUACUCUAAAAUAUACAUUUCUACUAUUUCGUCUAUGCUCUUUAUAAUAUUUUUUAUUGUUUUUCGAACACUAAAUUACAUACAACUGUCUUAUAUUUACAUCAUUCUUUUCAGUUUGUAAACUUUAAAUGUCUGUUGACAUGAAGGGAUGUUUUUACCUUGAACAUAUUUGUUAUGUAAUCGCUAACAAAGACAUACAUGUAAUAUUGUUUCUGAUUUUGUUUAUUAACAAACGUUAUAUUUACACCCUUAAGGGUAUAAUGUAUAGCGGAAAUGAACUCAUUUUGUAUAAUAUUUCAAUAAAAAAUUAAACAUGAUCUAAGACAUUAAGCACUAGCUCUAAAUUCUGUGUUUUUGUGUACGUCAUUCUUUCUCUUAUUGUAAAUGUAGGGAUUUUUUCCACCUUCUAUGCUAAUUGCUCUGACUGUGUAGGUCACUGUCUACAAUUAUAUAUAUAUAUAGCGUAUUACUUUAGAUGUGUUGAAUAUGUAUUUCUUGAUAUGUUUAUAAUUAUAUGGUAAUAUUGUGUUUCAUAUGUAUUUAUAUAUGUAUCUGUUUCCAAUCUUGUAAUAAAACGCGUUGAAAAAAACAACAAAUAAAUAUGUUACUAAAACUAAAACAAAAAUAGAUUACGUAAUUUCUCAACAACCACAUAAUAUAUGAUUAUAGAACUUGGUUAACGAAUUGUGCGAAAUUUCUAGCUUAUAUAUGUAUGUCAAUAUGUUGUAAAACAUAGAUGAAAUCUUUUUAAAACAUAAGCUGCCGAACCCACUGAUGCCUAUGUUGACGGAAAAUGAUUUUCCAACUUGAAUAAUCUAGAGAGUUUCGCCGUGAACUAGUUACCUUGUCAGAAACCUUACAUUCGAAACCAAAUGGCAUGCUAUUUGUUUAAUAUGUGGUCAUAAUAAUUGUUGCGUGUAUGUGUUAAGUCAUCCAAAUAUUUAUAUCAGACGACAAUUGAUCAACAAAAGGUUAAAAAACGCUCAAACAUGAUCUGAAAUCAAAAGGAAAGACAUAAUAUACCUUUUCUUUUGCCCAUUACAUGUUUUGGUGAUCUCUUGAACGUAAAGCAUAUAGCAACUUUGUCAUGGUCUUUACACGUGUCUUGGAGUGAAAUUCAAUAAA